AUAGGGGAUUUUUCUAAUUGGUCAAAAUCUGAUCUGGCAGGUUUGGGUUUGGGCGUCUUCAGAUUUCCUUGUCUCGAGGUCCUCACAAUUACUCUACAGCUCAGAAAAGCAACUGCUGAGGCUGCCUUGGGAAGAAGAUGAUCCUAAACAAAGCUCUGAUGCUGGGGGCCCUCGCCCUGACCACCGUGAUGAGCCCCUGUGGAGGUGAAGACAUUGUGGCUGACCACGUUGCCUCUUGCGGUGUAAACGUGUACCAGUCUUAUGGUCCCUCUGGCCAGUACACCCAUGAAUUUGAUGGAGACGAGCAGUUCUACGUGGACCUGGGGAGGAAGGAGACGGCCUGGCGAUGGCCUGAGUUAAGCAAAUUUGGAGGUUUUGACCCACAGGGUGCACUGAGAAACUUGGCUACAGCAAAAUACAACUUGAACAUCAUGACUAAACGCUACAAUUCUACCGCUGCCACCAAUGAGGUUCCUGAGGUCACAGUGUUUUCCAAGUCUCCCGUGACGCUGGGUCAGCCCAACACCCUCAUCUGUCUUGUGGACAACAUCUUUCCUCCUGUGGUGAACAUCACAUGGUUGAGCAAUGGGCACUCAGUCACAGAAGGUGUUUCUGAGACCAGCUUCCUCUCCAAGAGUGAUCAUUCCUUCUUCAAGAUCAGUUACCUCACCUUCCUCCCUUCUGCUGAUGAGAUUUAUGACUGCAGGGUGGAGCACUGGGGCCUGGACGAGCCUCUUCUGAAACACUGGGAGCCGGAGAUUCCAGCGCCCAUGUCAGAGCUCACAGAGACUGUGGUCUGCGCCCUGGGGUUGUCUGUGGGCCUCAUGGGCAUUGUGGUGGGCACUGUCUUCAUCAUUCAAGGCCUGCGUUCAGUUGGUGCUUCCAGACACCAAGGGCCCUUGUGAAUCCCACCCUGAAAAGGAAGGUGCAUCACCAUCUACAGGAGCAGAAGAGUGGACUUGCUACAUGACUUAGGACUAUUCUGUGGCCCAAUUUAUCAUAUCCCUUCUCUCCUCUAAAUGUUUCUCCUCUCACUUUUUCUCUGGGACUUAAGCUGCUAUAUCCCCUCAGAGCUCACAAAUACCUUUACAUUCUUUCCCUGACCUCCUGAUUUUUUUUUCUUUUCUCAAACAUUACCUACUAAGACGUGCCUGGAGUAAGCCACCCAGCUACCUAAUUCCUCAGUAACCUCUAUCCAAAAUCUCCAUGGAAACAAUAAAUUCCUUUUAUGAGAUCUAUGUCAAAUUUUUUCAUCUUUCAUCCAGGGCUGACUGAAACUAUGGCUAAGAAUUGGGGGACUCUUAUCUUUCAAUCCUGUUUAAUCUCAUUCCCCAGAUCAUUUUUCAUGUCCAGUAACACAGAAGCCACCAAGUACAGUAUAGCCUGAUAAUAUGUUGAUUUCUUAGCUGACAUUAGUAUUUCUUGCUUCCUUGUGUUCCCACCCUUGGCACUGCCACCCACCCCUCAAUUCAGGCAACAGUGAAGUUAAUGGAUACCAUCUGCCCUUGGCCCAGGAUUGCUAUAGCAAAAAUUUUAAAACUAAAAAAUAAGUCUGUACUAAUUUCA